UUCCACUUUACCGGCAUUUCAGCAUCACUGCCGGUCGGAGCUUUUAGACGACCGCUAAGAAAUUCAUAUUUAUCUUUUUUAUUUAUAACAUUGUUUUCAGAAACAUGCCUGGACACGAAAGAGAUCGCGGCAGAGACCGGGACAGAGACAGAGGCUAUGGCGGUGGGCCUCCUCGCUUCGGGGGGAACCGUGGAGGUGGCGGCGGAGGCGGCGGAGGGAAGUUCGGUAACCCCGGUGAGCGCCUGAGGAAGAAGCAGUGGAACCUGGACGAGCUGCCCAAGUUUGAGAAGAACUUCUACCAACAGCAUCCCGAUGUGGUCCGCAGGUCCCCGCAAGAAGUGGAAGCCUACAGGAGGUCAAAAACAGUCACGUUCAAGGGGAGAGAGUGCCCCAAUCCCAUCAUGAAGUUCCACGAAGCCAGUUUCCCAUCUUACGUAAUGGACGUGAUCAACAAACAAAACUGGACUGAGCCGACACCCAUCCAGGCUCAGGGCUGGCCUCUGGCUCUCAUGGGGAAGGAUAUGGUCGGCAUUGCCCAGACUGGCUCUGGCAAAACUCUUUCUUAUCUGCUGCCUGCUAUUGUGCACAUCAACCAUCAACCUUUCCUGGAACGUGGAGAUGGACCCAUUUGCUUGGUGCUCGCCCCGACUCGUGAGCUGGCUCAACAGGUGCAACAGGUGGCUGCAGAAUACGGCAGAGCAUCUCGCCUGAAGUCUACCUGUAUCUACGGAGGAGCGCCCAAAGGACCACAGAUCCGGGACCUUGAAAGAGGUGUGGAGAUCUGCAUCGCCACUCCUGGCAGGCUUAUCGACUUCCUGGAGUCAGGAAAGACAAACCUCCGUCGCUGCACCUACCUCGUGCUGGAUGAGGCCGACAGAAUGCUGGACAUGGGAUUUGAGCCACAGAUCCGAAAGAUUGUCGACCAAAUCAGACCUGACCGCCAGACUCUGAUGUGGAGCGCCACCUGGCCCAAAGAGGUCCGCCAGCUGGCUGAGGACUUCCUGAAGGAAUACGUCCAGAUCAAUAUUGGAGCACUGCAGCUCAGUGCCAACCACAACAUCCUGCAGAUUGUGGAUGUGUGCAACGAUGGAGAGAAGGAGAACAAACUGAUCCGUCUGCUGGAAGAAAUCAUGAGCGAGAAGGAGAACAAGACCAUCAUCUUUGUGGAGACAAAGAGACGAUGUGAUGAUCUCACCAGGAGGAUGAGGAGGGAUGGGUGGCCUGCUAUGGGAAUCCAUGGAGACAAAAGUCAGCAAGAGAGAGACUGGGUUCUCAAUGAAUUCAAAUAUGGAAAGGCUCCUAUUCUCAUUGCAACAGAUGUUGCCUCCAGAGGUCUAGAUGUUGAAGACGUGAAAUUUGUCAUCAACUUUGACUACCCCAACAACUCAGAGGACUAUAUCCACCGUAUCGGCAGAACAGCCCGUAGCCAAAAGACAGGCACGGCUUACACCUUCUUCACCCCCAACAACAUGAGGCAGGCCAGCGACCUCAUCUCUGUGCUCCGCGAGGCCAACCAGGCGAUCAACCCCAAGCUCCUCCAAAUGGCGGAAGACAGAGGAGGUAAAUCUAAUUGGUCGUUCAAGGGGCGGCAGAGGUGGUGACUACAGGGACAACCAUCGGGAUAGGUAUUCAGGCGGCAGACGCGAUUACGGCAAUUUUAGGGACAGAGAUAACAGCAGGGGGUAUGACAACGGACCAAAUAAAUCUUUUGGCGCAAAUUCCCAAAACGGAGGCUAUGGGGGCAGCAACGGUAACAGUAACGGCUUCGGCGGAGGCGGCUACAACGGUAACGGACAGUCCAACUUCAACAGCCAGGCGGGAGCGUUCGGGGCCCAGAACAACUUCCAGGCCCCGCAGUUCGCUCCUCCCGGUAAACCCGCCGCACAGGCGGGCGUGGCUCACCCUCCAUUCCCCUUUCCUCAGGCGCAGGCUCCUCAGCAGCACCCUCCUCCGCUGGUGCCGUACCCCAUGCCUCCUCAGUUCUCUCAGUAAACCCACCGUACACUUGAAAGAAGUAAUUUAUUGCUUUUUGUCUCGUUUUAAGUUCUUCACUUAAUCCUGAUUUUUUUGUAUUUACACGACAGGGUUACAAACAACUUGAACCUCGUAUCAAGCCUUUUAAGAUCUGCAGUGCAGCAUUAGUGAUGUGGCGCACUUGUUUUCCCCUUUACUAUUUAAUUUGUUACAUUCCUCAUUAAUGAUUUAGUUAUGUUUUGUACUAGGUAAUUACAAAUGUAUCAGUUUUUCAUGUGUAUCCUUGAAAGUGAUGUUAAGCUCCUAUCUUGGAAGUGCACUGCAUGAUCUUUCAAAUAAAACUCCAGAAAAUA